GGUAUAUGUGAAUCUGAUUGGCUGGUACAGACUUUUCAUGUCAGAACGCUCAGAUGUCAGAAUCAUGUGUUAGUGUAGUUGUUGUGUAACAGUUGUCCUGUUACUAUUGUACCAGAAGCUUUCUCAGUACAGCUUGGUCAUUAUUCCCAUCGGCGUUACAGGGUGCUCUAAAAGGAGGGGUGAAGAGGAAGUAAAAGCUGGAAGUUCACUCAUCGACUUUCAGCAGGCCACUUGUCUCAUGGUGUUUUUGCCUUUGUGACCCUUUGAGGAACUUUGUAGUUCUAAAGCUCAUUUUGAAAGUACAAAAUGGGAGUUUAUUCCCAUCUACAUUUUAACUGAACUUGUUGUCAAGCAACCAUGUACUUCAUUCUUUGAUGUGAAAAUGACCCUUCAAGUACCUUUCCAUGUCGUUUCAUUGUCCAAUCGAGAAUGCAAAACGCAAAAUGUUUGGUUCUCAGCUUAACCGUGCAUUCUUUCAAUGGACUGUUUCUGAAACCCUUUUGGAACCUGUUAGGGCUUUGUUUAUUGGUGGCUAAUUGAAUUUGUAUGUUGUGUAACUUCGAGGUGAAAUUGGUCUGCUUGGUUCCUCUUUCUAAAAUGUAUAGACAAGGUAAAAGUCUGUGUUACGGGGGGAUGUGUGGCACUUACAGCCCACUCUGGCUCAGAGAUGCUCAUCCACAGCUGGAAGAUGGAGCGAUCACACGACACGUCUGUAUGUCCUCAUGGAACGGCUGUGGUUGUGAAUCUCAUCUCAUACGAGUCAAAGCCUGUCCAGGAGAUUAUUAUGUCUAUGAGUUUGUCAGACCAACACAGUGUGCUGCUUACUGUGCAGGUAGAACAUUUACUCGCAUGCACUUUGAUUGUUAAAAUUUCUGGGUUUAAUUGAAAAAUGAUUGACCUGAGAGAGCUCAUUUGACUCAGAUUGGCGUGCCAAUAAGCAACCCAACAACCAGAGACAGCACCUUAACAUCAAUCCUCAUAAACUUGAAAAGGGAUCAGAGGGAAAUCUCUAGUCUAGAUCAUAACAUUGCUACAACAAGAGGGUGGGAUGUUUUUCUUUUACCUGGAGGGUUGACAAAUACUGCAGUCUUUGAGCAUCAUGACUAGUAACCAUUUCGCCUAGCAACCGCUCAUGCCAGUUAUAUCUCAAAACCAUUAAGACCUUGUGUAAGUGUAACGGAGGCCAGCAAGAGAGAGCUGUGCGAGUAAACAUCACUCCCCGACCAAAAGAGGUGCUCUAGCGACGGACACUCGUGGCUGCGGUCUUUAGCCUCCUCGUUAGAGCGCCCGUCUCCCAGGCCCGACCGACCUUGUUUGCGAGUAGGACCGGUUUCAGAAAUGCACCAUAUAUUUAAUCUAUCUCUGUUAUCUUCUUUUAGCUGUGACUGACUCAUGUCCUUUACUCAACUGAACUGAAGAUGAAUGGUGUGGAGAGAGAAAUUUUGUUUACGGCUGUUUCUGUAAAGACUGCCAAACCAGAUCUGAAGCUCACUCCUUUGGUUCAAAUCAACCCUCCACAGUAUUUUUUCUGUAAUUAUUGCCCUUUGAUCUCUAUCUCGCUGUCAGCAGUUUGAAGCUGGGUUUCUGUGUUCUACAUCUCAAUGACCCCAGCUGAAGAGGAACCAUCCAGAACAGAAGAGUGCAGUUUCACUUUGAUGAUAAUGAUCAGAUCUUACACUACUUUCCUAGCCCCCCCCAAAAAAUCUUAGCUUGGUAUACUGUGAUAGACUGACUGAGACCAGUUGUACUGCACGUAUGCAUUGUUGUUCUUUUGUUGCACAAAUUUCUUCUACUGUUUUCCCUACUUUAUAUGUCGCUUUGGAUAAAAACAUCUGCUAAAUGACUAAAUGUAAAUGUAAAUCUGUGGUACUAAUCUUGUGGUAGGAUCCAAUACAAACAUACACUCUUAAUAAAGGUGCUCCAAUCUUUUGCGCCAAGAGUUUACUAAUUAACACGCUGCCAUGGCAGGUGCACAAAGUUCAAUUUUCUGGUUUUUAUAUAAAUUAGGAAAGGAUGAUGAAAUGAUUACACUGCACUUGACUUCUUGUAGUGUCGAAAGAUUUUUUCUCAACAAAAACUUUUUUCACCUUCGAACACAUCUGCCUUGUCAUGUAAAUGGUUUGACCAUAUUUGCCUUUUUUUCUUAAAGCUUUCCAGGAAUCAACUCUUCUUAUUUGAUCUGUGUCAUCAGAACAUCACGAACAUGCCUUUAUGUCUAGUUUCACUUGUUUUUUCCUAGAACAUUAAAUUUGGAUGGUAGCCUGUAUAUAAACCCUUACAUUGUGGUGUUUGAGAAACGCUUGUGUCUUCAUUCACAGUUCUUGUUAGAGAGAAAUCUCUGGGUCUAAACAAAAAGAAGUCCCAACACCACCGGCUUUGCUCUUGAAAUGGGUUGCACAAAUGGAAAACAGUGGGUAAUGCUUGUUGCUGGUUCAAAGACAUGGGGCAAUUACAGACACCAAGCCGACGUGUGUCACGCCUAUCAGAUAGAACAUCAGAAUGGAAUUCCUGACGAUCAGAUCGUGGUGAUGAUGUAUGAUGACAUCGCUAAUAAUGAUCAAAACCCUUAUCUUGGAAACAUUAUCAAUAAACCAAAAGGAGCGAACGUGUAUGCCGGGGUUCCAAAAGACUACACCGGAGAGGAUGUGACACCUGAAAACUUUCUGGCUGCACUCAAAGGAGACCAAAGUGCUGUGAAAAAGAGUGGGCCGAAAAAAGUCAUUGCAAGUGGAGAAAAUGACACAAUAUUCGUCUAUCUGUCAGAUCAUGGAGCUACAGGCCUAUUUAGUUUUCCCAACAGCUAUCUUAAUGCCCAUGAUCUUAUUGACACAAUCACUCAAAUGGCAAGAAAUAACCAGUUCUCAAAGAUGGUAAUAUAUAUGGAAUCCUGUCAUUCUGGAUCGAUGUUCACCGAUCUCUCAGGUGAAUUUCAUGUGUACGCAGUGACUGCAGCGAGAGCCGAUGAGAACAGUUAUGCCUGUUAUUUUGACACUGUGAGGAAGACCUAUCUAGCUGAUGAAUUCUCAGCUCGUUGGAUGUACUUCAUUGAAACGAAUGACCUUAAAAAUAAAACAUUCCGGGAUCAGUUUAGUUAUCUUCAGGAAACGAUGAAGGGAUCUCACUCCUGCCGUUUUGGGGACAUGACAAUUGGUGAAUGUCCAAUCAGCGUGUUUUUGAUUAACACCCCUAAAACAGUUCGAGACAAGACCAAAGCCGAGGGGCUCAAGUUAACUCAUCUGACCCCUAGCCACGAAGUGCCAUUCACAAUCUUGGAGCACCGAAUUAAAACAGAAACUGAUGAAGUCAAGAUACGAGAUCUGAUCGGAAAAUAUGAAGCUCUUCAUCAGACUAGAGCUAAAAUUGAGAGAACAGUUAAAGCUAUCAGUCAGCGUUGCUUUCCUGGCGCUGUAGUUGAGGAUGGUCGAGGUGAAGAUUAUUCUCGGAUGGAUUUACAUGCGUUCAAAACUGUCGCCGAGCAUUUUAGGACAACCUGUUUCGACUGGCACAAGGAAGAGUUUCAGUUCGCCUUGUCGCACAUGCAUGUAUUUGCUCGUCUCUGUGCACGUGGAGUUAAAGCUGAGAGAAUCAUAGAGGUCAUGACAUCCGUCUCCAGUUAAAGCCCCGGUGUGUUCUCACUGAACAACUACCUUCACUAAGAGCUUAUGAAAUUUAGUCUCGUCCUUAAAUUUGAGUUAAUGGAUAUUCUUGUUCUGGGACAACUCGUUUACAUUAUGUGAUGUUUUUUUCUUAAAGGUCUAAUCAGACGAGCACUUUCAACAAGAUGGUAUGAUUUAUUAGGGUCUUCAUGAAAUGUCUGGAACAUAUUUUGCUUAAAAACACUCAAUGGCUGUGUAAACAAAACCCUUCUUGCCUCGUCAAAAACAGCUAUGCUCGCAGCAACCCGUUUUGGUGCAUGUCUCUUUAAAUGAUGAUGAGUUACAGCGAACCCCACCCCCCUUCUGUCCGGCGUGUCAACACAACACACGUGUAGUGGCAAUGGUUUAGCUAAAUGAUAUUUCCUGAAUUCCUCUGCGGUUAGUUUCAUCUUAAACGUCUCAAAUCAUUCGUCCGGAGACAAAAAAAUAAGUCACUCACAACAAACAGCUAAUGCGCUUGCGUUGUUUAUUUAAGAGUGAAUGGCACCUUUCUUGUUUAGAGUGUACCAGUGCUGUUUUAAGGGAUAGCUCACACAAAAAUGAAGCUUCUUUUAUUUAUUCAACCUCAUGUCAUGACAUUUCUCAAAAUAUCUUUUGUGUUAUCAGAAACAAUAGUAAUGUACUGGUUUUUGAACCACAUGAGGCGGAAUAAAUGAUGAAAGCCUACACGAUCAGGAUGAUUGGCUAUGCUUCAGCAAUAGGAAUGACCAAUUGUUCAAUCCUGUCUUUAAUCCUAUGUCUUAAAGUAAGAUGCCACAUUGUCUAAAGAGCAAACAAUAUGCAUACAAAGCAAGCCUAUAUGUUUCCAUGCAGAAAUGGAGUUGGGAGGGAGAGGUGAGCAAACAUUUUGUUUUUUGAAAAUGAAACCAUUCUACCAUUUGCACAUGGCGUUACAUUAAGUUCCUCAUACUGUAUCUCUGAGACUGUAGCCUAAUGCGCCUUAUAACCAGUGUAAACAUUAAACAUCACUGCUUUAUGUUCGAGGAUGAUUGAGAAAGUAUUCAGGUGUACUGGAAAACAAGCAUGCAGGUUUAAUUGCUGUUGUUUAUCUUUUGCCUACUUCCUAUGUAAACACAGGUUUAUAGACUAUAGCUCUUUAGACAAAGUUUUAAAUGCUCUUUCAUUUGUCACUUUGGAUAAACACAUCAGUCUACUAAUAAAUCAUGUUAAAUGUACCUCUAUUGAUUUAAAGCAGCUGUACAUGAAACAUAUUGACUAUAAGCAAAACAUUAAAGUUACACAAGUAAAAAAAAGUGAACACACACAGAAUACGCACACAGGUUCAUACACACGCACAUGCAUAAAACACAACUGCACAUGCACAGAGCACAAUAUACACACACACUGACACAUGCAAGCACGCGCACAGUGCCUAAGACUUCUGUAGGUGACUGAAUUUAUCAUUGUACAGUAUUUA